AUGCUUCAGGCUAAGUCCAAGAUUUCUCCCAUUAAGACCAUUUCUAUACCCAGGUUGGAAUUGUGCGCUGCCACACUUGGCGUGAAUUUGGCAGAGAGGGUUAGGGAAUCACUUGUCGAUUUACAUGUGCGGGAUAUGUUCUUCUGGAGUGACAGCUCCACCGUUCUCAGCUGGAUUCGGAAGCCUCCGUCGAAUUGGAAUGUCUAUGUGGCGAAUCGUGUUGCCGACAUUCAGCGUAUGAGCAACCCUGUGCAAUGGAGAUACGUUCCCUCCUCCCUGAAUCCAGCGGACUGUGCCUCCAGAGGCAUACUUCCUGAGGAAUUAGUUAACCACCAUUCGUGGUGGUAUGGACCUCAAUUUCUUUAUGAGUCACGAUCGUCAUGGCCCGUAAAUCUCCCAAAUUUGGUGACCUCAGAGGAGGAAAGGAGUGCAAAGAUUUCGUCAAAUGUGACUAUUGAUAAGGUGUACCCGGAGAUAUUCUCUAGAUUUUCGAAAUUGCGAUUGUUGUUGAGGGUGACGUCUUUGUGUUUUCGAUUUGCAAAUAACUGCAGGAAUCCCGGCAUGAAGGUCACUGGUCCCCUGUCACUGGGGGAGACCAAUGGGGCUAUGAGAUCACUAGUUAGAAUUUGCCAGGGGAUUGAAUUCCCCAAUGAACUUUUGCAACUUUUGAAUUCAAAGCCCAUGAAGAGUGGCUCCAUUUUGAAACUGAUGCCCUUUGUCGAUGAAGAAGGUAUUAUUCGCGUUGGUGGCCGACUUCAAAAUUCGAAUUUUCCAUACGACAUGAAACAUCCCAUGAUUUUGACCAAAUCUAGCCCCCUAUCGUAUUUUAUUGUUAGCGAUGCUCAUGAGCGGACUCUACACGGUGGUGUCACACUGACCAUGUCUUUUGUGAAUAGGAAGUUUUGGAUUGUUUCAGGCAAUCAACUUGCUAAACGCGUUAUACAUAAUUGCAUGCGUUGCUUCAGAUACUCCGCUAAGACUGUUCAACAGGUUAUGGGCAAUUUGCCGCGUGUGCGAUUGACUAUGACAAGGCCAUUUAAGCACAGCGGAGUCGACUAUGCGGGACCCAUACCCAUCAGGAACUCGAAUUUGCGAUCUUCUUCCGUGUCUAAGGGUUAUAUAUGCCUUUUUAUUUGUAUGGUGACUAAGGCCGUUCAUCUUGAAGCUGUAUCCGACCUUACCACAAAUGCAUUUCUGGCCGCAUUUAGGCGUUUCAUUUCUCGACGGGGCACAUGUACGGAUUUAUACUCUGACUGUGGCACAAAUUUUGUUGGGGCUUCGAAAGAGCUACAGGUUCUAUGUAAUCGAGGUCGGAAGUCAUUGCCUGAGGAACUUCGUCAUUACUUGAGCAUUAACUCCACUACAUGGCACUUUAUCCCACCAGCCUCCCCCAAUUUCGGUGGCCUGUGGGAGGCUGGCGUGAAAUCUGUUAAAUACCAUCUUAAGAGGAUUGCAAAUGAUCGAAACCUUACCUUUGAGGAGUUAACAACCCUUUUAUGUCAAGUAGAGAGUUGUUUAAACUCACGCCCCCUCUGCCCCUUGACAUCUGAUACAUCGAAUUUCGAUGCGCUCACUCCUGCACAUUUUUUGGUAGGCGAGCCAACGACAAGCCUGCCAGAGGAAUCUCUAUUGGACUGCAACCCCAAUCUACUUACUCGUUGGAAGAAUGUUGAAAGGCUAAAGCAACAUUUCUGGAAGAGAUGGCACCACGAAUAUUUAAACCGUCUACAGUCACGCCCGAAAUGGUUGAAAAGUAAGAUAGAUCCUAAAGUUGGCGAUUUGGUGCUGAUAGCGGAUGAACGUUGCGGACCAGGUCAAUGGAAUUUGGGUCGCAUUAAGGAUACACAUCCAGGACCUGAUGGAAAAACAAGGGUGGUAUCCGUUCUAAUAAAGAACAAAAUUAUCAAAAGACCAGUUAAUAAAAUUUCUCUACUUCCAGAUAACGAACCUUUAACACAACCAUAA